UUUUCCUCCAGAAGGCAUCAUUGUAACUUCUCCUCCAUCAUCUGGAAAAUCCUGUCCUUUCUUCCUCCUCUAGGGGAUUAUAACGGCCCGACUGGCCGAUUGGUGACUUCGCAACAUGGCCGAUGCUUUCUUCUCACUUUAUUGAUGCUAUAUUACACAUAAUUGCUCCAGUUUUUGCCUCGAAUGAACAUGUGGUUGUGCUUUAAAGACGCGUGAUGUUCUGUGUGACUUACAGCUUGUAUUUCUCUCAUUCAGCAAAAUGUUCAUCGGGGGUCUGAGUUGGCAGACAACACAAGAGGGCUUGAAGGAGUACUUCUGUAAAUUUGGCGAGGUGAAGGAGUGUAUGGUGAUGCGGGAUCCCGUUACCAAGCGGUCGAGGGGGUUCGGGUUUGUGACAUACGCAGAACAAGCCGGCGUGGAGAAGGUUUUGGCGCAAAACAGGCACGAGCUGGAUUCCAAAACGAUCGACCCAAAGGUAGCAUUUCCCCGCCGGGCCCAGCCUAAGCUGGUGACCAGGACAAAGAAGAUCUUUGUCGGGGGACUGUCAGUCAAUACCACCAUCGAAGAUGUGAAGCAAUACUUUGACCAGUUUGGAAAGGUCGAUGAUGCCAUGCUCAUGUUUGACAAAACAACCAACAGACACAGAGGUUUUGGCUUUGUUACCUUUGAGAAUGAAGAUGUGGUGGAGAAAGUGUGUGAGAUCCACUUCCAUGAGAUCAACAACAAAAUGGUGGAAUGUAAGAAAGCCCAGCCCAAGGAGGUGAUGACACCGACAGGCUCAGCCAGAGGCCGCUCCAGAGUGAUGCCUUAUGGGAUGGAUGCCUUCAUGCUGGGCAUCGGUAUGCUGGGCUAUCCAGGUUUUCAGACUACUUACACCAGCCGCAGUUACUCUGGAAUUGCACCUGGUUACACUUAUCAAUUCCCAGAAUUCCAUUUAGAGAGGACCCCCCUCCUGACAUCAUCCCACCCCCCUGAGCUGACAGCCAUUCCCCUGACUGCAUAUGGACCAAUGGCAGCAGCAGCCGUAGUUAGAGGCUCCACCUCUUCACGCACAGCUGGUUUCCUGGGCACCAGCAGCCCUGGACCAAUGGCUGACCUGUAUGCUGCAGCCAAUCAGGACUCAGGAGUCAGCAGCUACAUCAGCGCUGCUAGCCCUGCCCCCAGCACAGGGUUUGGCCAUGGUUUAGGGGGUCCCCUGAUUGCUACUGCAUUCACUAAUGGCUACCACUGAGACGACUCAGGUCACUGAAGCGAUGGGAGGGCCUCUCCUCUACUGAUGAGCCAAUCACAAUGCUGGCUGCCCACUGAUGGCACAUCCUGAUUGGCUGGCCACAGGCUCUGCUGGGCUCUUCCAGCUCCCUGUGGCUCUACCCACCGACUGAAUAUCUUUUCAAAUCCUGAACUCUUGUUUUGCUGUACUAAUCUCACUUCAACAUAACAUCCCAAUCUCUCCUUUUUUGUCCUCAUGUAGUUUAAUAACUAGAUUCCACAUUCUUUUCUUUUGAAGCUGAGAAAACCGCAAAAAAAAAAAAAAAA